UCUGCAGGGGCUUGGGAAAGACUCACACACACGCACACGCACACACACACACACACCCUCUCCUCUCGCUGCGUGUGCGAGGUGCCACAUCGGAACGCAACACAAGUGUCGGAAAAAUGAGCACCACGCUGCCGAUCCUGCUGCAGUUGCUGGUCCUCGUCUCGUGCGCACCUCCGCGCUGCGACCCAGGAGUUCGAGGACUGUGCAAGCCAACAGUGGAGGAAAAACCUAAAUGCACAGAUGUCCUGCUGUCCUACUGCGACGACAUGGCCUACACGCAGACCAUGUUCCCCAACCUGCUCGGCCACAAGAGCCGCGAGGACGCGGAGGCGGGCGCCGAGUACCUCCUCAUGAGCGUGGUGGAGUCCCUGCUCGGCGGAGAGUGCAACCCCGAGAUCCGCAUGCUGGGCUGCUCCUUGUUGGCCCCGCGCUGCGAGGGGGGCGCGGUGCUGAAGCCCUGCCGCGCCGCCUGCGAGGCGGUGCGUCAGAAGUGCGCCCGCGCCUUCGAGGGCAUAGAGAUGGCCUGGCCCUACUUCCUGGACUGCGAUCGCUUCUUCGGCAGCGACGGGGAGGGAUGCCACGACCCACUGAUGGGCCUCAAGGCAGAGCAGGAGGAAGAGGCCGUCGACAGCAUGGAGGUCCCAGCUCCAGAGGAGCUGGACACCUCCAUGCAGUUCACCUAUCACUCCAACGCUCAGAUGACCAGCGUCUUGAAGAAAACGGAGGAGCGGUGCUCCGACAUAGCCAGGACCUACAGCAUCGGGCGCAGCAUGGAGGGCAGGGAGCUGCUCGUGAUCGAGUUCUCCAACAACCCCGGUCAACAUGAACUGCUCGAGCCAGAGAUGAAGUACAUCGGCAACAUGCACGGAAACGAAGUCCUGGGCCGCCAGCUGCUGAUCUUCCUGGCGCAGUACCUGUGCUCCGAGUAUCUGCAGGGGAACGAGCGCGUCCAGGCCCUCGUCAACACCACCCGCAUCCACAUCCUGCCCUCCAUGAACCCCGAUGGAUACGAGCUGGCUGUUUCUGGAGUCCAGGACAGUAACUACGGUGGUGGCGACGAUGAAGAGGAGGGCUAUCCACAGGAUCACCGAUAUGAUACCUCGACCAUCGGCCGAAACAACGCUCAGAACAUCGACCUGAACAGGAACUUCCCUGAUUUGACCUCCAUCGUUUACAGCCGCCGCAGACAAAGGAGCUUCGGCACUGACCAUGUCCCAAUCCCAGACUAUUACUGGUUUGGUAAGGUUGCCCCGGAGACGUACGCGGUCAUGAAAUGGAUCCGCUCAAUCCCGUUUGUGCUCUCGGCCAACUUCCACGGCGGGGAGCUGGUGGUGUCGUACCCGUACGAUCUGUCCAAACACCCGCUGGAGCACAACAUGCUCUCCCCAACACCGGACGAUCAGGUUUUCAAGUUUCUGGCAAGAGGAUAUGCAAUCUCCCACGAGAGAAUGUCCAAUGAAAAUGCCAAUUGUGGAUCGUCUCGUUCGCUCUUUCAGAAGGGAAUCGUCAACGGAGCGCAGUGGUCCAGCAUUGCCGGCAGUAUGCAGGACUUCAACUACCUUCACACCAACUGCUUCGAGGUGACCGUGGAGCUGGGCUGUGAUAAAUUCCCCCCAGAAGAGGACCUCUUCAUCGGCUGGCACGAAAACCACGAGGCCCUGCUCACAUUCAUGGAGCUUGCCCAUCAUGGUAUCAAAGGCGUCGUAAAAGAUGAGGAGGGAAAUGGAAUAAAAGGCGCACGGAUAGCAGUCAGAGGAAUACGGCACGAUGUUACCACAGCUGAAGCCGGAGAGUACUGGCGCCUCCUCACCCACGGCAUCUACAUCGUGUCCGCCUCGGCUCCGGGCUACACCAGAGCCAAUAAGAGGGUCCACCUGCCCCCUCGCAUGCGCACGGCCGGCCGCGUGGACUUUGUGCUGCAGAAAGCGCCGCCGGAGGUUGACGUGCCGAAGGGGAACUCGACAAUCCCGGCCACGGCAAGCUAUGACCGCUUUGACCCUUUCAACCAGUACCAGCGCUACACCAUGAUGGCCGGCUUGAGCCAGAGACGCGAGGAGAGAGCCGAGAAGCCCUGGUGGUGGAACUACUUUGUCCUGCCGGGCAGACCCGCCCCCACCUGGCUGCUAAAACACUAUUAGAGCUUCCAUAAGGGAAGUCACACAGUAUACACACGCACACGCACACGCCAGACUGUCAUGUAAAGGAUGUGUUGCUUUUCAUUGCCGAUAUGUUCACUCUCACACUUUUAGUGGCUUCAUGAAAUCACGAUGCAAGCACCUUUAAUCCACAGUAGGAGCUUUUUUUUUUUUUAAGUCCGUGAGCUUUAACCGUGACAGUCAAACCGCUUCAGUGUACAACCAUGAUGAAAUGCAAGACGGCAUAUUUUCACAGCAUAAAUAAAGACCUUUUUUUAUGGUCACAA